CACAUAUACUUCACACAAAAGAAACAGCCAUUCACUUCACAUACCUUGUCAUUUCUUCUCUUUCUUUCUCUCUCUCUCUGAAAUUUUCUCUCAAUCUUAAAUCUCAUCACCUCUGCAACUACUCCAUCAACUUGAUUGAAUGCUAGAAACUCCAUCACACACACAAAAAUACACACCUUCAGAAUAUCCAAUCAAUUAUUAAUUACACCCCCCAUCUUGCAGUCUCUAACCUAGCUAACCUUCCAACUGUCUCUAUAUAUAAUUUUUUCCAACCCAUCCAAAUUUUUCAUAUCAUUAUUAUUAUAUUCCAUUCCACACAAGUCAAGAAAAAGAAUUGUUGAUACAAUUCCAAAUCAAAAGCACAAAAAAAAUUGUUGUUUUUUUGUGGAGGUGUAGAUAGCAAAAAAAAGAAGAAAAGAAAUGGAGCUAUUUCCAGCACAACCAGAUUUAUCUUUGCAAAUUAGUCCUCCAAACACAAAACCAACAACAACAACAAAUUGGAAAAGAACAACAACAGAAGAAGAAAUGGAUUUGGGGUUUUGGAAAAGAGCUUUAGAUUCUAGAAACUCUUUAUCAUCAUCAAGAAAUGAUAACUCUUUUGACCUUUCUCUUUCAAAUCCAACAAGGUCUUUAGAUUCACACAACAACAACAACACUUCUUCAAAUAAUCUCAUUCAUCAUAAUCACUUUCAAAAUAGUGUUAGUAAUAAUCAUAAUGCAAACAACCCUUUUCAAUCUUUUCAACAAAAUCAUUACUUUCAACACCCCCAACCACUCUUUCAACACCACCAGCUACAAAAUCAACAACAUCAAAGCUUAAGUCAAGAACUUGGUUUUCUUAGACCUAUUAGAGGAAUUCCUGUUUAUCAAAACCCUCCUCCUUUGUCAUUUCCUCAACUUCAUAAUCAUAAUCAUAAUCAUAAUCUUAAUCAUCAUCUUAAUCAUGUUUUAGAUGGUUCUACUACUACUAAUACUACUACACCUUCUUCUAUUUCUAACACAAACACAAGUUCAAGCCCUUUUCAAUCUCAAGCUUUGAUGAGGUCAAGAUUCUUGUCAAGAUUUCCAGCAAAAAGAAGCAUGAGAGCUCCAAGGAUGCGUUGGACAACGACACUUCAUGCUCGAUUUGUUCAUGCUGUUGAGCUCUUAGGUGGCCAUGAAAGGGCUACUCCAAAAUCAGUUCUUGAGCUAAUGGAUGUUAAGGAUCUUACAUUAGCACAUGUUAAGUCUCAUUUACAGAUGUAUCGAACGGUGAAAACUACAGAUAGAGUUGGAGCUACAUCAGGGCAAUCAGAUGUAUAUGAUAAUGGAUCAUCUGGAGAUAAUUCUGAUGACAUAAUGUUUGACAUCAACUCUUCAAGAAGAUCAUCUGAUUUAUCCAUUAAACAGCAAGGAAGAUCAAGUGUUAAUCAAGAUAAGGAAUGUUAUGGUCUAUGGAGCAACUCUUCUAGGGAAGCUUGGUUACAUGGUAAACCAAAGAUUGAUUCUAUUGGAAACAUGCAAUCUCUUGAGAAGGAAAUGGAUCCAAAGUGUCUAAGCUAUGAGAGAAUAUCAGAUGGAAGUUCAUCCACAAACUUAUCUGGAUCAAGCCCCAAGAAACCUAAUUUGGAUUUGGAAUUCACAUUAGGACAACCUUCUCUUUGAAAUCUCUCCAAGCUUCUACAAAUAUAUUAUUCAUUAUUUACUAUUACAUAUGUCUCUAAAACUGAAAGAGUUAGAGAGCAAUGGAACCUGCUGAGAAAAUCAGAGAAAGAGAAAGCUAAAAGAAGAAAAGAAAGAAAAGUAAAAGGAGAGCUUAAAAAAAAGAAACACAAAGUGACAAGAAAGACAGAAAGCAACAAAAGGAGAAGGGGGGUAGGGAAAAAAAAAGCAUGGCCUUCCUAUCAGAGUUCUUUGUGUUAGAUCCAAAUCAACAUAUUAUAUUUUCUUUGGUAAAUAUUUGAAAUCUAAUUGAUUUGUAAUGUUUUGCAAUCAAAGAGAGAGAGAGAGAGUGAGAGAAAGAGACAUGAGAGAAAGGGUGAGCUUUAGGUAUGUUAAAGUAUGAAGUGAUCCUUGGUAAUUGUAAUGGAGCACUUUAUGUUUAUGAAAUAUAUUUAGAUGUUUUCCACCAAA